UGUUUCACUUCCUGUGCUUGUGAACAAAAUACAAUCGCUAAGGCUAAGAAAACCCUGCGAGUGGCGAGUGUUUUAAGAUCACACUCAACAACAACAUCUAAAGUGUGGUAGUGUGGAGUGCCACCACAACUGCGACCGCGUCAGCAAUAACAACAGUAACAUCGAAUCCCCUACCAGUCGCCCUCCUCAUUAAGAACAAGGCGUAGAAUAACAAAAAGUUGCGGCACCCGCCAGAGAAGAAGAAGACGAGAGGCAAAACCAAAAGCGAAGAAAAAGUGUGUUUUAGCAGGAUCCAACUUGAGUUUUCUAGCUUUUCAUUUUGGGGUAGAGCGCGCGUGUGUGUGUGAGAACGAUGGCAGACUCGGAGAAACAGCAGCAGCUACCCAUUGAACAACAGCAGCUGCAGCAGGAUGAACAGCAGCAGCAGGAUGAUGGUCAGCAGGCGCAGGGUAAGCCAGCGCCGCCACCAAAGGAGAUUAUUGCCACUAAAGUUACCGGCACCGUGAAAUGGUUCAAUGUGAAGAGCGGCUAUGGCUUCAUCAAUCGUAACGACACCAAAGAGGACGUUUUUGUACACCAGAGCGCCAUUGCCCGUAACAAUCCGAAGAAGGCGGUACGCUCUGUCGGAGAUGGAGAGGUCGUUGAGUUUGAUGUCGUCAUUGGCGAGAAGGGUAAUGAAGCUGCCAAUGUGACCGGCCCAUUGGGUGAACCAGUGCGCGGUAGCCAAUUCGCUGCCGACAAACGUCGCAAUUUCCGCCCCUGGAUGAAGAAGAAUCGCCGUAAGCAGCCCGGCGAUGGUGAUGAAGGCGAUGAUCAGCAGCAGCAAUUGGCCCAAUCUCCGGCCCAGCUGCAACAGCAACCGAUCGAUGUCCAGCAGCAGCAACAACUGCAAGGAGGGGCAGGUGGACCACGUCAACCACGUCCCAAUUAUCGUCGCGGUCCCGGUGGCCCACCCGGCGGUGGCCCACGCGGUGGUCCUCGUGGCGGUCCAGGUGGACCACCCGGCGGUGGCCCAGGACGUCGCUACAAUAACUAUUAUCCGCGUCAGCAGCGUCGAGGACUGGGCGGCGGUGAUGGCAGCAGUGCUGCUGAUCCUGGCCAAAUACAUGACCAGAAUCCCGAUGGUGGUCAGCCACGUCGUGGUGGCCCUGGCGGCGGCCCACAGAGACGCUUCUUCCGGCGCAAUUACAACAAUGGACCACCACCACCACGUCGUGAUGGCGGUGAGUACAUUCAAGGUCAAGGACCACCGCGUCAGCAGCAGCAACAGCAUCGUGUGCGUCGCCCGAAUCGGAAACCAAAUGGCCCUGGUGGUGGUUUGGAGCAGCAGCCACAGCAGAAUGGCGCUCAAGAGCUGCAAAAUACAACAACAGAAAGCACUGCAUAAAUAUGGCAACAACAAUAUCCAUCAAUAACAUAAAAGCAACCAGCGACAACAAACGCGGCAACAUUUAAUAUCAACCACAACAACAACAAGAUCGAAGGGGUUGCAGCAUUCACAACAUCAACAACAACAAACAGAAGAAGAACCGCUAUAGCAGCAGAAGCAAAAGCAGCAACAACAACAACAACUACAUCAACAACAUCAAAUACUACUACUACUACAACAACAACAACAAAUUAACACAACAGCAACCAGAAGAAAUACAAUUUUGCUUUUUGGUUA